ACAAUUCAAGGAAAGAAAAAGGAGAAGAAAGAACAAAAAGAUCCAAAUAUGGAAGAAGAAUGGCCCCCUUACCCUCCUUGUGCUAAUGGACAUUGUAGUUGUAAUACCCCAAAAUUUUGUGCCACCCGAAAGCGCCCCCCAAGCCGCCGGCACCAGCCUUUGAGAAACCGGAAAGCUUCCGGAUCUGCCUUGCUCUGCUUCUUCACCACCGGCUGCUCCUGCCUUAUGGAGGCGAAUUGGCCUGGUUGCUGGCCGUGAGAUUCUUCUCCAAAUUCCCGCCAGCUCUUCCCCAACUGCAGCUCCGAUUUUGCUUGUUAAAUUCCGGUUCCUGAUCGUUUUGUCAAUUUAGCACUAAGGUCGAGUUUUCGGUUUUAUGCGAGUGAGGAAGCGAAACCGAGGAUUGGGAAACCACGGGAAGUGACGAGUUAGAAGGCUAGCCCUUUCAAGAUUGAUAUAGAUUUUAGAAAUAAAUCAUGAUCUUGUAAACUCGAUUUUAUUGGAGAUUUAUGAUAUUAGAGUAAAUUUUAAAGAUUUUA